AUGAUCAGCAGAGUCUUAACAAAAUCAAAUUUAGUUAGAAAUUGUCGUACUUAUGCUACUUACAAUACAGUAAACAGUACUUCAUCAUUCCCAACUGAACAUUUCAAAAAAUAUAAAGCUGAAAAGAACCAAGUUGACCCAGAAAAUCGUGGUUUCGCUUAUUUAGUUGUUGGUGGUGCUGGUGCUGGUUUAGGUGCUAUCGCCAAAAACACUGUUGUUUCUGCUUUAAGUACCAUGUCACCAGGUCAAGAUAUUUUAGCUUUAUCAUCAGUUGAAGUCGAUCUCAGCGGUAUCCCAGAAGAAACCGCCGUUGUUGUCAAGUGGAGAGGUAAACCAUUAUUCAUUCGUCACAGAUCUGCUCACGAAAUCUCUGAAUCACAAGCUGUCGAAUUAUCAUCACUCCCAGAUCCACAACCAGAUAACGCUCGUGUCAAAGUUCCAGAAUGGGUUGUUUUAGUUGGUGUUUGCACUCAUUUAGGUUGUAUCCCAAUUUCAGGUGGUGGUGACUAUCACGGUUGGUAUUGCCCAUGUCACGGUUCCCAUUAUGAUAAUGCUGGUAGAAUUCGUAAAGGUCCAGCUCCAAUGAAUUUAAUCGUCCCACCAUACAAAUUCCUUACUUCAGAUAAAAUUAUUGUUGGUGAUGAAUAA